AUGCCGGAGCACAGUCCAGCACCGACUCCGCAUAGGGCCAUCUAUGGCUUUGCGUUCUAUAUGCUGUUUACGGUUCUGUUUAUUGUAUACGUGGCCUGGGCGCUCCUCCCCUUCGAGUUUGGCCUGCAACCCUACUUGCCGGAUAAAUAUUUUGCCGUUUUUGUGCCAUUUCUGGUGCUCAUGUUCGCUUGGUUUUUCGCUUUCCUCAUCUAUCCGGCCAUUAAUAUGUCGCUGACUGUCAAUGUGGAUUCCAUCCAUUCCGUUGUGGACCCCAAACUAGCUCUACCCAAGGGCACAGCAUUUACAUCCUGGUCACAGCUGAAGAAUCCGCAGCAAGACUCUCCAUCAAAGCACAAGAAGCCGCCACCAAUCAACUGUAAACUGUGCAGGACAUCGCACAGGCCAGUAACGCGAGCACCCAUAGCCCCCCUAAGAUUCCUCGACCUCCAAGAAGUCAAUACAGCAUAUUACAACUAAAAAAAACUAA